AUGCGUUUUUGCAAAAUCAAUCUUUUGAUGGCUUUGGUCAGUUUCUUCGAGGUGAUGUACUGGCCACUCUCGAUGAUCCAAUCGUUCACAACCUGGUCGUCUCCGUUCAUUACCUAUUACUCAGUUUUGAUUGCACUAAGCGCCGCCAUACUGUUCUUUCAGUUCUUCCAACGUAGUAUUAUUGAAGAAAUGUUGCCUCAUAUGCAAUAUAGUUUCAAGUAA